GGUGCCCGCGGCCCCGCGGAGGGCCAGGAGGGCGCGGCCCGAGUCCUGUCCUUUUGUUGGACGGCGCGACCGGCGGGGUGGCGCGGGGGCGACGCCAGCCGGGCGGGAGGCCCGGGGAGCGCCGCUCCGAUGGAGGCCCCGGGACCCCGGGGCGUUGGGGGCUUGGCGUGCGCCCUGGGGUUGGCAGUGGAGAGGCCGCGGCGGGGUCACUUCCUCCCUGCUCCAGGCCUCGGUGGAGGCUCCGACGGGGCAUGCGCAGUCCCCCACUUACCGCUUCGUGGUGGUUGGGGGGGAGUGCCCAGCGCACAGCGGGCACCGUUGAUCGAUGGGCCAAAGACCAAGAGGCAGGCCCGGGGCCUCCGCCGUGGCCUGGUGGAGGAGGGUGCCCUGGCAGGCGCGGGAGAGCGGGCAGCCCGCCAGCCACACGCUCACUGACCCCUGCGCGGUGCCAGGCCCCAGGCCGGACGUGCGCGAGGCACAUGCGAGGGUGGGCACAACGCUGACCCCCACUCCCUGCCCUCCGAUGCGCGGGGGCGAGCGCCAGAGGGCCGGGCCAGCCCUCACCAAGUGAGCAGAGGAGCUCCUUUCGGUUCCCGACGAGCGCGGGGAUGGAAAUAAAACAGGCAGGAGGUGACUCUGAGCUGAGCCCCGGAAGGAUGAGAUGCAGAACCUGGGGAGCCUCUGCAGAUCCCCCACUUCUCCCUGCGGGGCCUUUCAAAGCACAACUCACGCCCUGGCCCUCCAGACGCCGCGGGUUUCAUGGAAACCCUCCCUUCAAGAGUCAUUGUCUCUCCUUACAUCCCUUCCUCAUUCUGCCUCUGAGCCUUUGCACUUGCUGUUCCCUCUGCCUGGAACACUAACUCCCACCCACACCCCCUUCAUAUGUUCAUCCUUGUUGUCUCGGCUCCAACAGAGGCCUGGACGACCUGACUUUAAGUAACUGCCUCCAGGUCACCCUGUCAUUUUAUUUAUGGCCCUUUGCUCCCCAAGUGUCUGUUCCAGGGGGGCACAGUUUAUGUCUGUCUUGCUCACUGCUGUGUCGCGGGUGCCUAGAACAGUGCCUGGCACACAGUAGACACUCAAUAAAUGUUGGCGAGGUGGAUGAAGGAUGAGCUGGACAUGCUCUAGGAAGGGAAGGGCCACCAGAUAGCAGGAAGAGAGUGAGCAAAGGGAAGAGGUGGAGAAGGGCUAACUGCAGGGGGCUUUGCGGGUCAUCGAAGAGUUCGGUUUUUACUCUUCAUGCCAUAGGGAGUUGUGGGGGGAUUCUGAGCAGGGGAAGGACAUCAUCUGACCUGUGUUAAUUUUAAGAGGGACCCUUGGGCUGGCGACCCUUGGGACAGUUAGCGAGCCCACGUGGAUGCUGCUGCACCGCGGCUUGGCAAGGAAUACUGGUCUAGGGGUCGCUUUACCUUAAAAAGGAGGCCUGGCGCCAGGCCCCGCCCCCAGCCCUGUGCUCUCCCUCCUCCAGGCCCCUGAGUGCCAGUGGUGGUGUUGUCCCUUGUGGCCUGGAACCCCAUGCAGCAGGAAGCCAGGCCUAGCGGGGCUGGGGCCCGCACCCGAUUCCUGCCCCUGCGGUCACAGCGCCCCGAGGGGGCCGGGGACGCGGUGAUGUACGCCUCCACGGAGUGCAAGGCCGAGGUGACGCCCUCGCAGCACGGCAACCGCACCUUCAGCUACACGCUGGAGGACCACACCAAGCAGGCCUUCGGCAUCAUGAACGAGCUGCGGCUCAGCCAGCAGCUGUGCGACGUGACGCUGCAGGUCAAGUACGGGGACGUGCCGGCCGCCCAGUUCAUGGCCCACAAGGUGGUGCUGGCCUCCUCCAGCCCCGUCUUCAAGGCCAUGUUCACCAACGGGCUGCGGGAGCAGGGCAUGGAGGUGGUCUCCAUCGAGGGCAUCCACCCCAGGGUCAUGGAGCGCCUCAUCGAGUUCGCCUACACCGCGUCCAUCUCCAUGGGCGAGAAGUGCGUGCUGCACGUCAUGAACGGCGCCGUCAUGUACCAGAUCGACAGCGUGGUGCGCGCCUGCAGCGACUUCCUCGUGCAGCAGCUGGACCCCAGCAACGCCAUCGGCAUCGCCAACUUCGCCGAGCAGAUCGGCUGUGCCGAGCUGCACCAGCGCGCCCGCGAGUACAUCUACAUGCACUUUGGGGAGGUGGCCAAGCAAGAGGAGUUCUUCAACCUGUCGCACUGCCAGCUGGUGACGCUCAUCAGCCGGGACGACCUGAACGUGCGCUGUGAGAGCGAGGUCUUCCACGCCUGCAUCAACUGGGUCAAGUACGACUGCGAGCAGCGGCGCUUCUACGUGCAGGCGCUGCUGCGGGCCGUGCGCUGCCACUCGCUCACGCCGCAUUUCCUGCAGAUGCAGCUGCAGAAGUGCGAGAUCCUGCAGUCGGACUCCCGCUGCAAGGACUACCUGGUCCAGAUCUUCCAGGAGCUCACGCUGCACAAGCCCACGCAGGUGAUGCCCUGCCGGGCCCCCAAGGUGGGCCGGCUCAUCUACACGGCCGGCGGCUACUUCCGCCAGUCGCUCAGCUACCUGGAGGCCUACAACCCCAGCGACGGCACGUGGCUGCGGCUGGCCGACCUGCAGGUGCCGCGCAGCGGCCUGGCGGGCUGCGUGGUGGGCGGGCUGCUGUACGCCGUGGGCGGCCGCAACAACUCGCCCGACGGCAACACCGACUCCAGCGCCCUGGACUGCUACAACCCCAUGACCAACCAGUGGUCGCCCUGCGCCCCCAUGAGCGUGCCGCGCAACCGCAUCGGCGUCGGCGUCAUCGACGGGCACAUCUACGCCAUCGGCGGCUCGCACGGCUGCAUCCACCACAACAGCGUGGAGAGGUAUGAGCCGGAGCGGGACGAGUGGCACUUGGUGGCCCCGAUGCUGACACGGAGGAUCGGGGUGGGAGUGGCUGUCCUCAACCGGCUGCUCUACGCCGUUGGGGGCUUUGACGGGACGAACCGCCUCAACUCGGCCGAGUGUUACUACCCAGAGAGGAACGAGUGGCGAAUGAUCACACCCAUGAACACCAUCCGAAGCGGGGCAGGAGUCUGUGUCCUGCACAACUGCAUCUACGCCGCGGGGGGCUACGAUGGUCAGGACCAGCUGAACAGCGUGGAGCGCUAUGACGUGGAGACAGAAACGUGGACUUUUGUGGCCCCCAUGAAGCAUCGGCGGAGCGCCCUGGGGAUUACCGCGCACCAGGGAAGGAUCUACGUUCUCGGAGGCUACGAUGGUCACACGUUCCUGGACAGUGUGGAGUGUUACGACCCCGACACGGACACCUGGAGCGAGGUGACUCGCAUGACGUCGGGCCGGAGCGGGGUGGGUGUCGCGGUCACCAUGGAACCCUGCCGCAAGCAGAUCGACCAGCAGAACUGCACCUGUUGAGCCGCCUUUGUUUCUGGGGCAAAAAAAGGUCCGAUGGAGAGUAUUGUCGUUUUUGUACAAAAACAGGGACACAAGCAAAGGCGACAGAGCAAACUCGUGUCCUCCGAGACGGGAGGCGGGGGUGCCUCGGUGUUAAAUGACAACUCGAAAGAAAAGAAGGCCAGAGUGGGCGCCCACGAGCCUGCCUGGAGGGGGCUACCGGCAGGGCAGGCUCCAGGGAGAGAGGCCCCCACACCCACCCCAGGAUGAGGCCCGGGUCCCACACCAGCAGCCGCCACCUCCCUUGGGGCUGACAGCAGGUGCCGAGGUCAGGCUGGUUUUUGUUCCUUCCCCGGGAAGGAGCCCACUGAGGUCUCGGGGGUGAGGCCCCUCCUGAGGUGCAGACCCCGGGGAUGGGCCUGUACAUAGAAACCACUGGAUCUCCCCGCCCUGGACAGUCAUUCUGUUGAUAAGUAACCCUGUAACUUUCCAAUGAAAAUAAAGAACAAACUAACUAGUGUCUUCCA